GGGAAGUUGCAAGUAACCCAACUUCAACCCACAAGAUCGUGGCACAGCGCAAGACCAUUCGGGUAGUCAUUCAAAGUGAUAAUGAAUACUAUUAAAGCUAUUAAAAAUGCAGUAGUCUGUAUCGUCUUGCUGCCGCGUUUUCUGAUAGCAGCAGUCAUGUUUUGGCUGCUUGACUUUUUAUGCAUAAGGAAAAGGGUUUUCUUCAGGAUGAAGGAGCAGGAGGGCGAUGCCAUCGACCCUCCGCUGUGCAUAUCGGACUCCAAUCGUCUCUUUAGCGUGGAGUCCCUCAAGGCAGUGUGGCACGGCCAUAAACUGGACUUUCUGAAGGCAGCGCAUCUCGGACACGGAGCUCCCAACACCGAAGUUGUUCAGCUGGAGGAUCAGCGGCGCAGCCGCAUCCUCGAUUACGCAAAAGACAAGAGACCGCUCAUUCUCAACUUUGGCAGCUGCACCUGACCACCGUUCAUGGCGCGUCUGAAGGCUUUCCAGGGAGUCGUGCAGCAGAACGCAGAUAUAGCAGACUCUGUAGUUGUGUACAUCGAGGAAGCGCACCCUUCCGACGGAUGGAUGAGCACCGACGCGCCUUAUCAGAUCCCCAAACACCGGUGUCUGGAGGACCGGCUGAAAGCUGCACAGCUGAUGCACCUGGAGGUGCCCGGUUGCCCGGUCGUGGUCGACAGUAUGGAAAACCCCUCCAACGCUGCGUACGGAGCUUAUUUCGACAGACUUUAUAUUCUGCAGGAGGGAAAGAUUGUUUACCAGGGUGGCAGAGGACCUGAGGGGUAUCGCAUCACAGAGCUCAGAGACUGGCUGGACCAAUACAGAGAAACGCUGAAAAAGCCCACUAAUCUAGUUAUCAAUGUGUAGAUGAUUUCCCGUCUCUGUAGAGCUGCUGUGACAAAAACAAAAAUGCUGCAUAUUUGUCAGUAUUAUAACUUCAUUUAGAUUGUCUGUCAAUAAUCGUGUAUUUAUUUUUGAUACGGUUGGAUCAAAGUAAUUUGUUCAUCAUUGUAGGAUGCACUACAGUAGGCUCCUUCAUGUCAUAUUGGACAUCUAGCCAUCUACAAAAAGGUUAGUUUGUUUGGACAUUGUGAACAAAAGCAUUUUGUGUGUAAGAAGUUAUUUUUUAUUUUGUAUUUCUUCUCAUCAUGUAUAUGCACCUUUUUAAUGAACCAGUGAGGAUGUUGAGAUGUGCGCAUCACUGUGCUCGUCAGUAUAUAGUGAAGUUCGGUUUUUAAACGGACUGAAUCCAGAGAACCGAUACUGAUGUUUUUCAUACUGGAGAUCAUGGUGAAGGUGCAGCUGUUUUGUAAAUAUUGUUCCGUUUUAUGGAUAUAUUUUUCAUACAAUAAAAUGCUUUGAUCUAC